AUGAGCGACCACAAAACAAUUGAAUUUGAAUUCAACAAUGGAUUAAAAAUUCCAGCGAUUGCAUUAGGGACUUGGCUCGCAGAAAAAGAUCUUGUUGGAAAUGCUGUUUUGACUGCCUUGAACCACGGCUAUCGCCACAUCGACUGUGCCAAGUGUUAUGAAAAUGAGGAAGAAAUUGGGACUAUUGCUUUCGACCCCUUUUUCAAAGAAGGCAAAUUUAAAAGAAGUGACGUUUUUGUGACAUCAAAGCUUUGGAUUGAUUCAAAGAAAAAAGACCAAGUGAUUUCCGCUUGCAAAGAAUCACUUAGAAAACUCCAUUUAGACUAUUUAGACUUGUAUCUCAUUCAUUUGCCCAUUUCAAUUAAAUUGGGUGCUACAUUUCCAUUAAAAAAAGACGAUUUUAUUGAAGUUCCAAUAGAAGAGACUUGGAGAGAAAUGGAGAAACUUGUUGAGAUGGGAUUAGUUAAAUCAAUUGGUGUGUCUAACUUCUCUAUUUCACAAUUAGAAGAAUUAUUGAGUAUCGCUAAGAUUAAGCCCGCCGUCAACCAAGUCGAGUUUGGCAUCUUCUUACAACAACCAAAGCUGAUGGAAUACUGCAAAGAGCAUAAUAUACACGUCACUUCUUACUCUCCACUUGGAAAUAACGGAAAUCCAGCUAGAAAUAAAGUCGACAACGUGCUCGAAGUUCCUUUGUUGAAGGAAAUCGCUCAGAAACAUCAGAAAACAGUCGCACAAGUUAUCUUGAGAUUUAUCGUGCAAUCAGGACAUUCAACUCUACCCAAAUCAGUUCAUACAGAAAGAAUUAUUCAAAACAUUGAUAUCUUCAACUUCGAUUUGUCUGAUGAGGAAAUGGAGAAAAUUAAAAAACUCGAUAGAGAUGAAAGAACAUGUGAUGGGGCCGCUUUCUAUGAAGCUCAAGGAAUAGAUAAAGACGUUUUCUGGGGAAGUAAAUAA